GCCAAGUCGAGGACCCUGAUGGUCCGGCUCAUCUCCAUGGCUAUGACGGGGUACUACCGCACCGUCAUGAGGCCGCGCGCGCACCGCCCGCUCAGCAUGCUGAAAUAUGAUCCCAUCGUGCGGAAACAAGUGCUCUUCCUUGAGCAGAAGCGCGGAAAGAAAUAG